AUUUUCCAUGGAGACGCUGGGGUUCUGCCCGCAUGUUCUCUGCAGUGCCGGAGAUCAAUCUUUAGACUCAUAAAUAGGAAGGAGCCGCCCUUUCUGGGUUUCCGUCUUCCUCGUCCAAUCCCAACACCUUUUUUGUUCCAUCUAGCAAACAUCAAGAUGUUGUCCAAGUCUCUCGUUGCAUUGUCCCUCCUCUCGUCUUCCGUUUCGGCGGAGACAGUCUUGGGAGUGUAUAUGUUCCACAGACAUGGUGAUCGCACUCCCAAGGCAUUGGCCCCGGCCAACUUGACCGACCUCGGUUACCAGCAGGUCUACUCCUCUGGCGACUACUACCGCAGUCGCUACAUUGACUCAGAUGCCGACCACAAGAUCUUGGGCAUGAACACCGACAUUGUCAAGCAAUCGCAAAUCAGUGCUUCUGCUCCUUCUGACACUGUUCUCCAGAACUCUGCUACUGGUUUCUUGCAAGGACUGUACCCUCCUGUCGGCAUUUCAUUGGGCACUCAAACCCUUCGCAACGGCUCAAAUGUCACAGCACCUCUCAAUGGAUACCAACUGAUUCCCUUGGCUCUCACUACUAGCGGUUCUGGCAGCGAAGACAACGGCUGGCUUCAGGCUGCUUCUGGAUGCGCUUCUGCUGUAAGCAGCUCCAACGAGUACUUCUCCACCUCUGAAUACACCGAUCUUCUCUCCAGCACUCAGGACUUCUACAACCAGCUCAUUCCCGUCGUCAACGGUACCUUCAGCACGAGCCAGAUCAGCUUCAAGAACGCUUAUACCAUCUUUGAUCUGAUCAACGUUGCCGAGAUCCACAAUGCCACCAUCAAUUCAUCCGAUGUCCUCACCAGCGAUGUCCUUUUCCAGAUCCGCACUCUGGCCGACACUCACGAAUGGAACCUUGCCUUCAACGCAUCUGACAACGCACGCGCCAUUGCUGGCAAGGUUCUUGCCGCAGAAAUCGUUGAGUUCCUGAACAACACCAUCGAAACUCAAGGCAAGAGCAAGUUCGGUGUUCAAUUCGGCGCCUACGGCACCUUUGCUUCUUUCUUCGGUCUUGCAGACUUGCCCGUCACUAACCCUGACUUCUACGGUGUCACCGAUUACGCUUCGUCCAUGACUUUCGAGCUGGUCACCAACGCUUCUACCUCGCCUUUCCCUGCUGCCGAUGACAUCUCUGUUCGUUUCCUGUUCCACAACGGUACUACCAACUCCAGCAGCCCUCCUACCGCUUACCCUCUCUUCGGUACUGGUAAUGAGCUUAUCGCCUGGAACGACUUUGUUACCGGCAUGGACAAGUUCAGCGUUGGCGACACCAAGUCUUGGUGCACCGCUUGCGGCAACACCACUGGCACUUGUGCUGCUUACGCUCCUGCUUCUAGUUCCGGCUCUGGAAGCAAUGAUGUUACCGCCCAGAGCAAGAGCGGUAACGGUUUGAGCCCUGUUAUCAACGGCGUCAUUGGCGCCAUGGUCACUCUGGCUGUCAUUCUUGGUCUCGAGGCUUUGAUCCUCUUGGUCGGUGGAAUGAGAGUCGUCAGCAAGAAGCGUCUUGCUCAGUCUGCUGCUCCUAUGGAGACCGUGACCGGCGGCAAGGCUGCUUAGACGGGUUUCUCUCAUGCCCAGCGGUGUUGGGAUACGAAAAGAUUUAUGAGUUUUAUAUUAAUUAGUUCAUAUAGUCACGACAUAUAUGACAGCUUAUGACGGCC